AUGGUGAAGAAGCAUGUUUCCGGCACAGAGGAUCACCCUGGAUGGGUGUACUACCGCUACCCGGUCAUGGUGGAGUAUGUUGCUUACUUGGUGGAGAAGAUGUUUCUCACUGGAGAUAAUGCUGUGGAUGUAAUUGGGUGGUCUGAAGACAGGAGAGAAGAGUUGGAGCGGCGCAAUGAAGAGAGAAGAGCUAGAGGGAUGAUGGCAGUAGGAUUUAGGGGUUCAUGCUGUGAGGAGAGGAGUGAAUCUUUAUUGCAGGUUGGCAAGUAG